AUGGAUCCGUCGACGUUAAUUCUGACUCUCGUGCUUGGCUUUCUGCUCGCCUAUCGCUACCUAUGGAAGCCCAUGACUCGUUUCAAGGAGCUCAACGUCCCGCACGAGACACCGAUUCCGAUCAUAGGAAAUAUGGCGCCGACAGUGUUCCGUAAAGUUUCGAUGCACGAGUGCCUGCAAAACCUGUACCAUCGUUUCCCAAACGUCAAGUACUUCGGUGUGUAUCACUUCGUGACACCGGUGAUAGCGAUCAGGGAGCCGGAGCUGAUCACCUCCAUUGCCGUGAAGAAUUUCGACAAUUUCACCGAUCACGUGAGCGUCGUGGACGAGAAGAUGGACCCUUUGGUGGGCAAUGGCCUGUUCUUCCUUCGCGGCGACGCUUGGAGGGAAAUGAGAAAAAUACUCAGCCCGAGUUUCACAGCCAGCAAACUGAAGGCCAUGUUUCACCUGAUCAACGACUGCGCCGACAAGUUCACGCGAUUCGUCGCGGACGAUGCGAGACAGGGACGAGUGUACGAGAUGAAGGAGAUUUUCGGCCGAUACACCAACGACGCGGUGGCUAGCUGUAAUUUCGGAUUCGUGACGGACUCGAUGAGAGAUCCGGGAAACGAGUUCUACACGUUCGCCAAAAGAACGAUGAAUUUUCUGUCCUCGCUGUCGCUGAGGCUCAUCCUCGGAAAUAAUUUCCCCUCGCUGUUCAAGCUGCUACGGAUUCGUAUGUUCGACGACAGCGCGCGUCAAUAUUUCAUAAGUGUCGUCGACAACGUGGUUAAAGCGAGGAAGGAAAACGGAAUUCACCGACCAGACGUGAUCCAGAUGAUGAUGGAGCACCAGGAUGCAGAUGGAAAGUGUCUAACAAUCGAGGAGAUGACCUAUCAGGCUUUCGUUUUUUACAUGGCUAGCUACGACACGGUAUCCAGCAUACUCAGUUUCGCCGCGCAUGAAAUUGCCGUGCAUCCGGAAAUACAGGCGAAACUGUACAGAGAGAUCGAAGAGGUGGUUGCAAAGACCAAUGGGAAGCCUACCUACGAGGCUCUAAAAAAUAUGCAGUACAUGAACGGUGUAAUCAACGAGGUUCUCAGACUGUACGCUGUGAUUCCGUUUCUGGAUCGAGUGUGUGUGAAAGAGUUUCAACUGCCUCCGGCAACACCUGAAGGGCAACCAGUCACCGUGAAACCAGGGGACAUCGUCUGGUUCCUCUCGUUCGCGCUUCAACGCGAUUCAGAACAUUUCCCAGACCCGUUGAGAUUCGAUCCUGACCGAUGUUUGUCGCCCAUCGAGUCUUCUCAGGCGACUUACAUACCGUUUGGACUUGGUCCUAGACUCUGUGUCGGCAACAGGUUUGCUUUACUGAUGUGCAGAGUGAUGUUGUUUCACUUGUUGUGGCGGUGCGAGCUGCAACCCUGCGAGAAGACUUCAAUCCCGAUGAAAUUCAAUAGUAAAAGCUUCGUACUGAUGGCGAAGGAGGGAUGCUGGCUGAAGUUUCGAGCCAGGGACAUGAAGAUGAACUUCGAAGAUAACAAGAUGGCGAACGGGGCCAAUUAA